AUGGGCGCACGCUCCACCUCCCUGCUUCUACUGACUUCGAUGAUCCAUCUGCUCUCGCGCGCCUCGGCCCGCGAGUUCCUCUCGCCAGGCUCCUCGCUCUCCACCGAGGACGGCUCCGGCAUGCUCCAUUCGCCAAACGGCGCCUUCACCUGCGGCUUCCACAACAUCUCCCCAAACGCCUCCGUCUUCUCCGUCUGGUUCGCCGGCACGGCCGAGAAGACCGUCGUCUGGAGCGCAAACCAUCUCCGCCCCGUCUACUCCCGGGGAUCCCGGGCCGUGUUGCACGCUGACGGCAGCAUGGUUGUGGAAGACUACGACGGCGAGCCCGCGUGGGCAAACAACGUCAGCUCCUCAUCAAAGGCCGAGCAAGCCCGGCUGCUGGACACGGGCAACCUCGUCGUCAGCGGCCAAGGUGAUGUCAUUCUGUGGCAAAGCUUUGAUUCUCCUACUGAUACGCUGCUGCCCAAUCAGAGCAUCACUGCGGCUACGAAGUUGGUGUCCGCUCAUAGGUUACUUGCUCCUGGGCGCUACAGUUUCCAUUUCGACGACGCGCAUUUGCUCUCGCUGUUUGAUGAUGAGCAGGACAUCUCUUUUAUCUACUGGCCAAAGCCUGAUCUUGCUGCCUGGGCAAGGCAAAGAAACCCAUUUAGUACCACCACCGUUGGGGUCCUUGAUAGCUGGGGGUAUUUCCUUGGGAGUGAUGAUUUGACUUUCAAGUCUGCUGACUGGGGUCCUGGGGUUAUGAGGAGGCUAACAUUGGAUUAUGAUGGCAACCUCAGAUUAUACAGUCUAGAAAACCGGAAAUGGUCGGUCACAUGGAUAGCAUUUCAGACCUGCUUCGUACACGGUCAGUGUGGUAUGAAUGGAAUAUGUGUGUAUACACCUAGGCCUGCUUGCGCAUGCGCCCCUGGACACGAGGUCAUCGACCCAAGUGACCGGAGCAAAGGCUGCCGGCCGAGGUUCAACCUCAGUUGUGAUGGGCAGGAGAUGAAAUUUGUGAAGCUACCCUCCACUGACUUCAUAGCUUAUGAUCAAAGUAAGCGCAGCUUAGUUUCCUUUGAUACUUGCAAGCAGAUAUGCAUGGAUGACUGCAGUUGCAAAGGUUUCUCAUACUGGCAAGGAGGUGGAUCCUGCUACCCAAAGUCAUCCCUUGUUGGCGGGGUAACCAGCCCAGGCUUACCUGGUUCUAUCUAUCUCAAGCUUCCAAAGACAGUACAGGUCUCAGGGUCCUCAAUUCCUCAAUCGCAGCCUUUUGGUCCCACAUAUGCUCCGAACUGUAGUGCAAAGAACAAAUAUUUCACUGCAGAUUUUCCGGAUAUACCCAAGAGCAAUCAGAGUGGAUCAAAGUAUUUGUACUUCUAUGGGUUCUUAUCAGCAAUAUUCUGUGUGGAGGUAAUAUUUGUGGCAUUAGGAUGCUGGUUUAUGGUGAGAUUGGAGGGCAAGCAGUUAACAGGAGUAUGGCCAGCUGAGGUUGGCUAUGAGAUGAUAACCAACCACUUCCGGAGAUAUACUUACAAGGAGUUGCAGAGAGCAACUCGGAAGUUCAAGUGUCAGAUUGGGAGGGGCGCAUCUGGUCUUGUGUACAAGGGGAUCUUGAAAGACAAGAGGGCAGUAGCAGUGAAAAGGUUGGCAGACAUAAACCAAGGCGAAGAAGAGUUCCAACAUGAACUGAGUGUGAUUGGAAAGAUCUACCAUAUGAAUCUGGUGAGGGUUUGGGGAUUCUGUUCUGAUGGUCCACACAGGAUAUUGGUUUUAGAGUACGUUGAAAAUGGUUCUUUGGACAAAACGCUGUUUAGUGGAAAGGCCUCACAGAUAUUACUUGGAUGGAAUGAAAGAUUUAAGAUUGCUCUAGGGGUGGCAAAAGGAUUGGCUUAUCUUCAUCAUGAGUGCCUGGAAUGGGUUAUCCACUGCGACCUCAAGCCUGAGAACAUACUGUUGGAUGGGAACUUGGAGCCAAAGAUCACCGACUUUGGCCUCGCAAAACUUCUGAAUAGGGGUGGAUCCAACAAAAGUGUAUCGCGGAUCCAUGGAACUAGAGGUUAUAUAGCUCCUGAGUGGGUUUCUAGCCUCCCAAUAACAGCAAAGGUUGAUGUCUACAGCUUUGGAGUGGUUCUCCUAGAACUACUGAAGGGGGCUCGUGUUUCAGACUGGGCGCCAAAUGCUGAUGAAGAAGUGGAAAUGGUCCUUCGAAGGGUCGUUAGGAUGCUUGCAGAAAAUCUGAUGCUGGAGGGUAGCAAACAGUUAUGGAUCGAUGACUUCAUUGACUCCAGGUUAAACCGCCAGUUCAAUGACCUGCAAGCAAGAACAAUGAUCAAGCUGGCUGUUUCAUGCGUAGAGGAAGACAGUAGAAAAAGACCCACAAUGGAAAAUGCUGUGCAGAUGCUCCUUUCAGUUGAUGAAGCCAGUGGCAUAAUGCAGCAGUAUUCUACCAACUGA